UCUCUCUCUCUCUCUCUUUCGUCGCUCUCUCUCUCUCUCACUCGCGUCUUCGUCUCCCCCAAUUCCCAAACCCUAAAAAAACCCUAAAAGGCGAACCCAAAUCGCUAGGGUUUCAUCGUCACCGAUCGAUCCGAGCUCUCGGAUAGCGAUCCUUUGUGGUAGAUCUCCCCAUUCCUUCGAUUUGGAGAGUGGCUUCUUCCCCGGGCGACAAUGACGGUCCCGCUGCAAUCGCUCCCUCUAGGGUUCCGCUUCCACCCCACGGACGAGGAGCUCGUGAACCACUACCUCAAGCGCAAGAUCAAUGGCCGGAUCAAGUCCGAGGCCGAGGUCAUCCCCGAGAUCGACGUGUGCAAGUGCGAGCCAUGGGAUCUACCAGGUAAAUCGUUGAUUAGAUCGGAUGAUCCGGAGUGGUUCUUCUUCGCCCCCAAGGAUCGGAAGUAUGCGAACGGGCACAGGUCGAAUCGGGCGACGGAGAAGGGGUAUUGGAAGGCGACGGGGAAGGAUCGGAUCAUCCGAGCGAAGAACGCGGCCACCGGCUCCAAGAAGCACAAGCCGGCGGUGAUCGGGAUGAAGAAGACGCUCGUUUUCCACAGGGGGAGGGCGCCCAGGGGAGUCCGCACCGGCUGGAUUAUGCACGAGUACCGCACCACAGAGCCCGAGUUCGACUCCGGAGAGCAGGGUGGGUAUGUUCUCUAUCGCCUCUUUAAGAAGGAAGAAGAUAAAACUCCGAGCUCCAACGUGGAGGAUGUGGAGACAACUGGCCUUUCCCCAAGUCCUUGCAAGUCCUCACCUGUUGAUGCUCAGCACGAGGCAGAGGCCACGGAAGAGAUAUCAAUCCCAUUAAACCAGGAAUCUACUCCACUGAUUUUGCAGGAGGACCUACGAAGCUUGGAGCAACCUGCAGAGAUCAAGAGAUGUCUAGUUGAUAAACCUGAGUCUUCAACGGCUUAUCAUAUUAAACCAGAUGAGAACUUUCGCAAUUUGACCCCUGAUGCUAAUACUGGUGAAGCUGGAGAAAUGGCUGAUCCCCCACAGGACCUUUUUGCUGGGUUAGAUGACGACCUGCGCUAUGAGCAAAUCGAUCCUAAUGAGUUUCCCAGAAUCAGUUCCCCAAUGCUUCCAUAUACAGACCAUCCUUUCUUUGGUAAUAUCAACCAAGGAUCACCUUCGGGAUAUUUUGAUCUGGAUAAUAAUCAUGAUGACUCUAUCAACGAUUUCCUCAAUUCGGUGCUUACCAACAGUGACGAGCGUCCGCCCCCGUGCUCCAAUAUUCAGACUGAAUUUAAUUUGUUAGAGCUACACAGUGGCACCGUUUACUCCUCAUGGUGCAAGGAUAGCGCAACAAGCAGUGAUUCUGAUGUAGGAUUAGCUCAGGGAACUCCUGGUCUGGACGCUCCUGAUCGGUCGAGGGGCUUUGCUCGCGUCCCAAAUCCACCACCACCAUUACCACCCAGAUUGCCUCAUAUAAGCUCUCCUACGUACUCGACUAGUUCAGCUGCCGAGUCCUUGCAUGAUUCUUCUAAUGCCAUGGAAGAAUCAAGUGCCCAGAAUAGUGCAAUAAGCAAUGGAGAUAAUCUCGACGAGACCGGAAUUAUGAUCAGGGUUCGACCGUUGAUGGACUCAACCUUUGCUCUUGAGCAGCAAGGCACUGCAGCAAGAAGGCUCCGGCUUGAAACUGAUAUUAUAAACCGGCUUGAAACUGCUAUUAGAAAUGCAUCAUAUGUUGGCACUGAUAGCGAAACAAGCACUACAAAAGAUGACUUUGGAGAUGAUGCUUCAAUCAGCAGUAAUGAUGGCAUCGAAUGCAGAGCGUCUAAUUCUGAGGUUGAAGAGGAUGCGGAUGACAACAUUCCUGAAAGUAAUGAUGUUUUGGACCCCAAUGUUGUAGACAAGCUCAAGGAAUUAUCAGUUCAUGAUCAUAAAUCCCAACCUGGAUCUGCGCAUCAAGAUGCUCAAGGUAUGCUGAGAUUGAGGACAAAACAGAGCGAAAACAAUGAAGGCAUAAAGAAAAACGCACUUUGCGUCACAAGAAACCCAAGAAUUGGUUCAGUUAAUUAUAUGUUCUGGUCAGUUCUCCGGGCGAUUUUUCUGCUGCUCCGUUUUGUCAUCUUUCUGCUGCUCUGUCUUGUCAUCUUUCUGCUGUUCUGUUUUGUCAUUUUAGUGUGUAUGGAAUUUAGGUCGGCAGGUAUGUAAUAUUUUGCGUACGAAGGUUUUGUGCUGUAGUCUCUGUAAAUAGUUCGUGAACUUCCGCGACUUGCGGUUUCAAUUCGCUAAUCUUUUCUUAAACAGGACAAGUCUCUGGACUGAAAUUAAUAUCUUGCAAUAUCAUCCUUGGAACAAUUUGUUUACAUGAUGACAAUGCAAUAAAUUAAUCGAGUUUGGGGACUAAACUGUUUAAGUGAAAGAUUAGGGGGAGUAAAUUGCAAUUUUCUGGAAGUUUCAGUGAUUACUCCACUCUUCUGACCUAUUUAGAGGCUUUAGAUGUUUAUUGUUUGUUGUGUUAAGUUUACUUUUGUAUCUGAGCUUAGUCUCUAUACGAGUUUAUGUUGUAAUUUCCUGUAAUCUAUCUGUUUUGGAAUGUAACUGUUUGAUCAGCACCAAUUCCCUACUACGUGUAGUAAGUUUAAGACUCUCAUUUUGUGGCUUAAAA